UAGGCGAUAUGCCUUCGGUCGAUCUCCAAGCACUGGCUGUCGGGCUUUGGCACUUCGAUACCAAAACACUGAUUUUCAGAAAGAUUGACAGCACGGGUAAGCGUCUCAAGUACUUCGCAAGCAUUCUAUCUACACUAUUCGUUGGGCCGGCCCUUACGCCGAUCGUCUAUUCGAAAUGUCUACUCGUGAGCCUCCUAUCGUCCUUCCUGCGACAUCUCCAGCAACCUCUCCCGCCAACUCUGCCGCCAUAAUCUUCAUCCAUGGCCUAGGCGACACAGCAGAAGGACCCUCAGCAGUUGCUGAGCAGUUCCAGCGCGCCGGCAAGCUCCCUUACAUGUCUUGGACGAUCCCGAACGCAGUCGAAGACCGUGAUUUGGGCACUACAGCAUGGUACAUGCCUACCCGGCUUUCGCCCUAUCCGCCCUCGCGUCCGGAGCUCGAAGACGAUGAAGACGAAGAUGGCAUGCUGAGGAGCGUCACGUACAUCACCGGACUGAUAGAUGAGCUGGUGGCGCAAGGUGUCCCGGAGAAGAGGAUAGUACUGGCUGGAUUCUCGCAAGGCCACGUUGUGACACUACUCACGGGUUUGACGUCGAAGUAUGCAGGGAAGCUGGGUGGCUUGGUGGGGUUGAGUGGCUAUAUGGCAAUUCCUGAGCGUGUACAAGCACUGAGAGAAGAGGGUGGGCUACCGCGAGACGUCCAAGAUGGCGUCGAAUUGUUUCUGGCCAGAGGCACAGGAGACAGGUUGGUGCCGAAACGGUAUCAUCGCUUGUGCUGUGAGGCGCUGGCCAAGUAUGGGGUCAAAGACGAAGCGCUGACGAUCAAAGAGUACGAGGGGAUGGGUCAUGUGAUGGGUGGCGCGGAGUUGAGGGACUUGUGCGAAUGGCUGGAGCGGGUGGUUCCACCCCUCGACGGUUGAUAUGUCGGGGAUUAGACAGACUCUCCAAUUCAAUGAGGCUGAUCACAUGUCGAUUGAUUGAUUGGUUUAACGUCCUAUGUGAGUCUUCUCGCAUAUCGAUUAUUCCGCGCUCAUUGAUACCUUCAUGUGGAUACGAGCAACAACGCGCUCGGAAGAAAGGAAACAGAAGGAUCAAGAUCGCAACCCCGAGUGGGGGCAGUU